GGGCACGGAAGUGAAUCUGGGAGGAGAUUUGGUUUCCUGUAAAUGUCAUGUGAGUUUUGCUACCUAACGCUAAGUAAAUAAGGACUCUCAGUAGUAGUAGUUACCGACAUAUUUACUUAAAAUGCUCUCACGAUUGCUAAAAGAACACCAAGCAAAGCAGAACGAAAGGAAAGAGCUUCAAGAGAGACGGAGAAGAGAGGCCAUCACUGCUGCCACUUGUCUAACUGAGGCAUUGGUGGACCACCUGAAUGUUGGGGUGGCCCAGGCCUAUGUGAACCAGCGUAAACUGGACCAUGAGGUGAAAACACUGCAGGUGCAGGCUGGCCAGUUUUCUAAGCAGACAGCCCAGUGGAUCAGCAUGGUGGAGGGAUUCAAUCAGGCACUGAAGGAGAUUGGCGAUGUGGAGAACUGGGCACGCAGCAUAGAGAUGGACAUGAGGACCAUCGCCACGGCACUGGAGUACGUUCACAAGGGCCAGCUACAGGCCUCUUAAACACACACUGACCCCAACAUCACCACUGAUGGACCAACACUCUUUACUAUGAGGUGAUCAGCUCUCACAGGCGGGUGUGUCUGUCACGGGGAUGCUGUGGUCAAGGAAACAUCUGCACGGACUGACUCAGGACUGACGCAGGACUGCUAGGUUGGUCGUAGAUUAAACUCCGGAUGACCCAGGAAUGGAGUCUGAAGUUACUGAACUCUGAAGUCAAGCAUGUUGCCUUUGUCUCUAUGUGUGUUCUUAUGACAGCAGGAGCAAGUAAAGCGUGCAUCUCUCCUGCCAGAAAAGAGAAAAUAUGAGGAUCAGAUGCUAAGAUUUGUUGUCUGUUGAGAACGAUUGUUUUGUUGCAAUGUUUUAUUUCAUGCUUCGCAAAAUGCGCCUAACAGCUAAAGUCAGUUAAGCCAGUUAAAACUGGGAUAGCCUGUAUAAUACAACUCCUCAUGUCCCUCUGCAGUCUGUUUUUCGAGUUAAAUGUAUGACCUGAAGGGUGUUUUGUAAAGCCUGCUUGUAACCGCUACCAGGCAGUUUAGGGGUGUUAUUUUGAACAGCCCAGAUUUAAUUUAAUAUCAAAGAUGCGUAAAUGUCCACCUCACAAAUGACAAAAGCAUCCCAGACAGACUUGACCGGCUGUCUGCAUUAACCCUACAAACUAUAAUAAUCCAAUCUUACAUAAACUACACAAGUCAAGGGUGUCCAACUGUGCAUGUUUCCUCCUGUCACAUUUGAAGAAGGUUAAAUUGAUGUUAAAAUUAUUUAAUACAGUACAGAACAGUAGCCUACAAUAGCUUACAGUAGGGGGGAUUGGUAGGCUAUAGUUAGCAGCCUCAUGUGACAAGGCAGGUAAAGGGGUUCAUUGGUUGCUCAGAGGGGUGUGAUAUAAUGUUGGCUUUACUAACUCUGAGUUUAAUGCACUGAUGUGAGUCUUUGUGGAUGUCACUGUCUCUCAGUUUCAUUUUAAUAAAUUCUGUAAAAAAAAAUCUGUAAAAUC